UCUGCUUUGAAAAUUUUUGCCCCCUUUUAAUGUCCUGAUCCUCAAAUAAAACCCAUUCCCGUCGUGAGUCGGGGCGAGCGAAAAGGCCCCAGAGAUGUCGACUUUAUCAGCGGCCUUUCUCACUCUCCCUCCCACUGUCACUCACCCAAAAACAUCAAGGUUUAGGCCCUCGCCCUCGCUCUCUUCUCGUCCCAAAUCCAAGAACAGAACUGGGUCUCUUUGGCUCCGCUGCGACGCUCAGUUAGUCGCCGAUGUCGCUCCCGUCGCUUCUGCUGCCUACGGCACACUCUUACUCGGCGGCGGACUCUUCGCCUAUGCGAGAUCUGGGAGCAAAGGGUCGAUUCUUGGAGGUCUUUCCGGUGCCGCCUCCAUGGCUGCUGCCUACUACUUGAUGCAAUCGCCAGAGACUAAGCAAGCGGGCGAUGCCAUUGCAUUUGGAUCUGCUUUCCUCUUUUCUUCUGUCUUCGGCAUAAGGUUAGCAUCAACACGAAAGUUUAUCCCGUCUGGGCUUUUGCUGCUCAUUUCUGUUGGUGCCUUGACUGUGUUCUACUCUGCCUAUGUGCAAGAUAAGAUACCACAAGAUAUUGGUCCCAUUUAGUUUAAUUACCUUAGAUGCACAUCUCUUAGAUUUUCACUUUUUUGGUAAGUGUGAAAUUUUCACACUUGUAGUUUUUAUUUAAGAACUAUCUAAAUUUUAUCAAAUUUUGCAGUUGCAGUGCGCUUUGAUCUAUCUAUAUGUUUAUAUAUGUAAAAAGCCUCAUUGUGUUGGUUAGAGUGUAAACAUACAAUUCUUAAUC